AUGCCUGCCGAUGCCGAGCCGAAGGUGGACGACCUGUGCUCCUAUGGGAUGAAGUUCAACUGGGACAUCAACGACCCACAGAUGCCUCAGGAGCCCGCCCACUUUGAUCACUUCUGCGAAUGGCCCGAUGGCUACGUGCGCUUCAUCUACCGCAGAGACGAGAAGAAGGCACAGCGCCACCUGAGUGGUUGGGCCAUGCGCAACACCAACAACCACAACGGCCACAUCCUCAAGAAGUCCUGCCUGGGCGUGGUGCUGUGCUCGCACGCCUGCGCCCUGCCCGAUGGUUCCCGCCUGCACCUGCGGCCCGCCAUCUGCGACAAGGCCAGGCUGAAGCAGCAGAAGAAAGCAUGCCCCAACUGUAGUUCCUCUCUGGAACUGAUCCCUUGCCGAGGGCACAGUGGAUACCCUGUAACCAACUUCUGGCGGCUGGAGGGCAACGCUAUAUUUUUUCAGGCCAAGGGGGUUCAUGACCACCCGAGACCCGAGAGCAAGUCAGAGACUGAAGCUAGAAGAAGCGCCAUCAAGAGACAGAUGGUCACUUCUUACCAACCCCUGAAAAAGAGAAUUAGAGAAGCCGAGGCAGAAGAGCAUCGAGACUGUAAUGGGCAGUUCAAAAGCAUACCUCCUCUGGAAAAUCCAGAACAGCUUGCUAUUAUGACUGACAUUGGCUUCCCAAUUUCAGCACAGCCUUGCCUCUCCUUCCCAAACUUGGAUGCUUACAAAGCUUCCUGUGACCUAGCCACCUUCCAAGAAGACGUCACGCCACCCUUUCAGAAAUACCCAAGCCCAAGCAUCUACAUGAGGAGGCCACCUUGUAGCUACGAAUUGGCAGGCCCUGGUUACACACCCUCCAGCCCAUACCCUACCCUUUGUAAAGAUUCCACCAUGAGCCCUAAUGACACAGACUGGGUUCAUCUGAAUUCACUGCAAUAUAAUGUCAAUUCCUACAACAACUACGGGAGAAGCUUUGAUUUCACCAGUAAACAGCCAGCUCUUGGAAAACUUGGCCCUGGAGAGAGGAUUGACCAUGCACAGUUCCAGGCCAUGCCCUCUUACCCGUAUUGUAACUCCGAGCAUCCCUGCAGGUUCCUCACGACUCCUUCCCCAGGGGCCUCAGCCCUGCAGACAGUGAUCACUACCACCACCCAGGUGUCCUACCAGGCCUAUCAGCCCCCGGCUCUGAAACACAAUGAUGAAAUACAUGAGGGUAAGAGCCUUCCAAGCUGCAACUAUGCUUCUGAAAAUGGCCCUGCAUCCAUCUAUCCAGAGGGCUUGUAUUUUCCAGGUAUAGUCACCAGGGAAGCCUCCCCGACACCUUUGAAAAUUCCUGAAGACUGUUUGGCUCUCAGAUCCACACUGGCUUUUUCUCAAGAGUCAACUCCGUCCAGGGCAGACCAAGCAGAAACAUGGGCGGUAUAUCCUUCAAGGCCAGGCUCUGCAAUCAGUUACUCAGAUAAAGUCGGUCCGUUCCUUAGCUAUGACAUGGAAGACUUUUGA